AUGAAAAGUGACGACAAUGCUUCACAUUGUACUGCAUGGCGGCCUCAUGGUGGGCUCGCUGCUGCGGAAGUUGAGCAGGUGGCUCCGUUAUCCACUUCUCUUCAAGUUCGAGGUUACUAUGUAGACUGGAGAACGCUGAGUGAUGCGAAGAGACGGACACUGGCCUACGAGUUCGCAGAUGAGCGACUACGGAUCAACUCACUCGGGAAGAAUACCAUUUUACCGAAGGAUUUUCAGCAAGUGGCUAAUGAAGAAAUUGCUGCCCUUCCGCGGGACAGCUGUCCUGUGAGGAUCAGAAACCACUGCGUCAUGACGUCCGGGCCACAUGGCCUGAAGAGGCGCUGGGGGCUGAGUCGCAUCGUCUUUCCUCACUUAGCUGACCACGGACAGUUUUCUGGGGUACAGCUCCAUAUGGCAAACCCGAAGCUGCUGAGGUGA